UAGUGACGUUGUGGACGCAAGAGAAAGGCCUUUCCAGUAAAAAGAAACCGAUAUAAUCUAAUACGUAGGGAACUGGUUACGUUUAUAACUCCCAGGAUAUCUCUUUCUACUUCACAGCUUUCAUUUACCCAUACCUAGCUGAGUGUAUUUUAUUCGGCGUCAGUCGUUUUCAUCCUGUUUAGCUGCUAGCUAUCUUCAAAAUGCCGAGAGGCGGAAAGAAAGGACACAAGGGCCGAGGAAAGCAGUUCAGCAACCCGGAGGAAAUUGAUCGGCAGAUGCGGGCCCAAAGGGAAAAGGAGGCCAAUGGUGGAGUAGAACCAGAGAGCUCUGCAGAUUCUGAUGAAGAGAGCAGUGAUGAUGACUAUGAUCAGCCAAAGAAGAAGGGAGUGGAGGGUUUGAUAGAGAUUGAGAAUCCCAAUCGCGUUUCCCAUAAAAGCAAGAAGGUGGCUGAGUUGGACACGAGCGCCCCGAAGGAGCUGUCCCGGCGGGAGAGGGAGGAGAUUGAGAAGCAGAGGGCGAAAGAGCGCUAUAUGAAGCUGCACCUGGAGGGGAAGACUGAGCAGGCGAGGGCUGACCUCGCCCGGCUGGCCAUCAUCAAGAAGCAGAGGGAGGAUGCAGCCAAGAAGAGGGACGAGCUCAGGAAAGAGAAAGAAGUCGAUGAAUCCAAGUCAAAGCGUUAACCCCGCCUCCCCCAGUGACGUGGGGGGGUGUGAGUUAUGGGGAGGGGGUGGGGAGGGUGACAUGGGGGGGCGGGGAGGGGGGACAGCUCAGGGGUGCCCGUUGGCUCCCCACCUCCACUCUGCUAAGAUGAGAGGGGGGGUGGAAGACGGGCAUCUGGAGAAGCCAGGUUGUGGGGGAAGUGGGCGGGGCAGGGGGGGGAGGAACCUUGCGUGUCGGAGUCCAGCUCUGUCACGGGAUGUACGGUGAGCACCCCUCCCCUUUUCCCCCCUCCCUCAGCGCUUCUCCAUUCUUACUUACUGCUGCUGCAGUCAUUCCUGAUUUUCACAUUUUAGACACAGUUUGCCCUGGAACGGCGGGGAGGGCCCUGGCCUUCUUUGAGUCUGGCCCAGAGUAGUGAACUGGGACACAUUUGAUGUAGGGAACACUGACUGGCCACACCGCUACAUCUGCUACCAUCCUGUCCUUCACACCCGUGCCUCUACCCGGGACAGCGGGGGUAAUUCGGAACAAGGGCGACAGAACGAGAUACGCAUCGCACCUCAGAAGGAACACCAUCGCCACACGCCUGCUUUCAGUUCUGGGGUUUCGUCAGCGCCCCCCUUCCUUGAAGAGGUGGCGUCCACAGAAGACGGGCCCAGCGGGGGAGCGGGACCCUUCGCACCCAUCUCCUCGUUUAGCCGCCUGUCCCCUCUGCGCUUUGCGUUUGGAUUUGCCUCCUGGUCGAUGUACGGGGGUCCGCGGGAACCUCUCGCGUUCUCCUGGGCAUUUCCAGAGAGUGUGCCCACGCUGGUUUAAGUCCUGAGGCUUUUUCACCUGGUGAGGAACGCCAGUGCAGUGUUGCCCGAAGGCUGAGCCAGCUGUGCGUAUGAGCCAGUGGGUAGGAGAGGAGACCGCGCGCUCGCUGGUAUAGCUGCAGUAUCUCAGUCAGGAGUGUAGCGACUCGGUGUGUUUCACAGUUCUCUGUGAUGCUUCACUUCUGUGCCAUCAGCAUCGUAGGACAGCAUUCUCACUCUUCCAUCUUUUUCACUUGUUGGGUGUCACGCAUUUAAGUGCAAAACAAAUCUUACUUGUUUUAUGCUGCCCUUGAACAGAUUGCAGGACCAAGUCACUGUCCGUGUCUCUGGUGAUGAUGACCUUGCUGGUGUUGCCGUUUUGGUGGGAAAGGCGAGGAAAGCAGUGUUGUGUUGUAAAAGUUUAGUUGCAUUGUAUAAUGGACUCUCCAGGACUGAAAGAUGUUUUUACAAUAAGGGGAAAAUAUGACUGUCUUCAUUUAGACUUUUCAACUGAUUUGAUUUAAAGAUAAAUAAAUACAUUAAUGAAUUACCUUA